AUGGUGAUGGCAGGUGUCCUCCUCCUCCUCCUCCUCCUCCGCCUUGUGCUAGCUGCAGCAGCUCGCGAGGUGCCCGUGGAGUUCCUCCCCGUCUGGACCGCCACCGCCGGCACCACCAUCCUCCAGUAUACCGUCCUCUCCCUCACCGCCCAGGGCCUCGCCCUCUCCGACCCCGCCGACGCCACCACCCCCGCCUGGGCCACCCCGCCCCUCCGCUCCCCCGUCGCCGCGCUCCGCCUCCUCGACACCGGCGACCUCCUCCUCCUCGACGCUGCCAACGCCACGCUCUGGUCCUCCUUCGACCGUCCCACCGACACCCUGCUCCCCGGCCAGGCCCUUCUCGCCGGCGUGCCACUCACGUCCGCCGCCUCCGACCAGGACCUCAACCCGGGCGCCUACCGCCUCCUGCUCACCGCCGGUGACGCGCUGCUGCAGUGGGCGACCACCAACAAUGGCUCCUUCCUCACCUACUGGGCGCUCUCAACCGACCCCAACUCUGUGCAGGACUCCAGCGACGCCGUCCACUCCAUGACGGCCAACUCCUCGGGCCUCUACCUCCUCGCCGCCAACGGAAGGGACACCGUCUUCCGCCUGCGCUUCCCGUCGCCGCCGACAAACGGUGAGCCCCGCCUCCUCAAGCUGGACCUUUCCGGCCGCCUCCGCGCGCUCAGCAUGGCCUACUCCGCAACGACAUCGCCGCGCGUGAUGCUCCCGACCGUCUGGGCCGCGCCGCUCGACGGCUGCGACCUCCCGCUGGCCUGCCGGUCCCUCGGCCUCUGCACGCCCGGCACCAACGGCUCCUCCUGCUCCUGCCCCGACGCUUUCAGCACCUACUCCGGCGGCGGGUGCUCGCCGGCGGAUGGCUCGCCGCUGCCAGGAGCGGACACCUGCGCUGCCGCCGCCAGCAGUGCGCCGCCUAAUUUCAACUACAUGAGCCUCCGUGUAGGCGAGGGGAUCGGCUACUUCGCCAACAAGUUCGCGUCGCCGGACACCUCCGGCGUGGAGCUCCCGGCGUGCCGCGACCUCUGCUCGGCCAACUGCUCCUGCCUCGGCUUCUUCUACAGGAACUCCUCCAAGUCGUGCUUCCUACUGCAGAACCAGAUCGGCUCCCUGCUCCGCGGCGACAAUAGCGCCGCCGUGGGCUUCAUCAAGACGUUGCCGCCGGCCUCGCGCCACCAGGACGGCAGCAAGAGCUCGUCACUCAGCUUCAUAACCAUCGUGUUCGGCAUCGCGCUACCAACCGUGGCAGCCGUGCUCAUCGGCUUCCUCGUGUACGUCAUGGGCUCGCAGUGGGUCAAGCGCCGGCAGGUCGGCAAGAAGCCAGUCGGCAACCGCAGCUGGUUCAAGCUUCCGAUGCUGUCGUCGCAGCAGGCGUCGUCGGUCAGCGAGGGCCAGGGAGACGACGACGGCGACGAGGUCCUGAUCCCCGGCUUGCCGGCGAGGUUCACGUACGCGGAGCUGGAGGAGGCGACGGAGGGGUUCAAGUCGCAGAUCGGGUCAGGCGGGUUCGGGUGCGUGUACAGGGGCGAGCUCCCGGAGGCAGACCGGAGCGCGGUGGCGGUGAAGCGGAUGAACAACCUGGGAUCGCAGGGGCGGCGAGAGUUCCUGACGGAGAUGGCGGUGAUCGGCAACGUGCACCACGUGAACCUCGUGAAACUGCGUGGCUUCUGCGCGGAGGGCGCGCGGCAGCUGCUGGUGUACGAGUACAUGAACCGCGGGUCGCUGGACCAAUGCCUCUUCCGCGCCGGCGCCGCCACGCUGGAGUGGCCGGAGCGGAUGGGCGUGUGCGUGGGCGCGGCGCGCGGGCUGGCCUACCUGCACGCCGGUUGCGCCCGCAAGAUCCUCCACUGCGACGUGAAGCCGGAGAACAUCCUGCUCGACGACCGCGGCGGCGUCAAGAUCGCCGACUUCGGGCUGGCGAAGCUGAUGAGCCCGGAGCAGUCGGGGCUGUUCACGACGAUGCGCGGCACGCGUGGGUACCUGGCGCCGGAGUGGCUGACCAACGCGCCCAUCACUGACAAGGCCGACGUCUACAGCUUUGGCAUGGUGCUGCUUGAGAUCGUGCGCGGCAGGAAGAACUGCAGGGGGGACCUGCAGCGGCAGAGCUCGUCGCCGGGCAAGAGCAGCAGCGGCGAGGCGUCGUCGGAUGGUGGUGGCUACUUCCCGGCGCUGGCGCUGGAGAUGCACGAGCAAGGGCGGUACGAGGCGCUAGUGGACCAGCGGCUGGAGGGACGAGCCGACCUGUCGCAGGUGGCGCGGGUGGUGCGCGUGGCGCUGUGCUGCCUUCACGAGGACGCGGCGUUGCGGCCGGGCAUGACGACGGUGUCGGCCAUGCUCGACGGCACCAUGGACGCCGGAGUUCCCAGGACGGAGUUGCUCGGCUACCUGAGGUUGUACGGCCGCGGCCUGGUGGACGUCCGGUCCGGCGGGAAGGGCAAAGGAUCCGACUUUAGCACCGGCGCAGCGAGCAGCAGCAGCUGGGCGCCGACGUCGUGCGUGUCAGCGCAGCAGCUGUCGGGACCCAGAUGACACACACAUGCCGGAACCCCUCUUUCGUUUUACUAUUUCUUUUGGUUGGUCUUGUGUGAAUAGCAUCAGCAAGCAUUAUAGUACACUACACUACUCUCCAUAAAUUAAAGCAGAUGAUACUAUUAUUGUUGCAGGCAAAUUGCCGCACAUGAUUGAUCGCAGGUUGCAACCUGCAGCCCGCAGUCCGCUAACUAUCCCUCCAUUCAUUUUUCUUUAUAGCAUUUUUCCCAUGGUAUCUUUAGAUAAU